AUGUGCUCCUUCGGCACCUUCUUCGCCCCCAACAUCGCGAUAACGUACGUCGUCGAAUGCUAUCCGCAAACCGCGUCGGAGUGCCUCGUCACGAUUAAUGUCUUCAAGAACCUCGUUGCCUUCUUGUUCUUGUAUACUGCUGUCGACUGGAUUGCUGCUGAAGGCUGGAUCCAAGUCUAUAUGGUUAUGUUUAUGCUGGUUUCGCUGGCUAUGCUUUUGGCGAUCCCUUUUUAUUUCUUUGGAAGGAAGUGGAGAGGGGACGAGGGAGGAUCGACUGGGCGAAGUGUUGAAUGA